GCCGCACCGACUCACCCGCGAAACUUUGUCCGAAGUCGACGGGCGCGGACGUACGCCGCGUAUUAAUAGCCACCGCGAGUGGUCACCGCAACCGAGCGCUGCGAGCCCCACGCGCCACGAGUCGCACCACGACCGCGCGCCACGUCGCACGCGUCCCGCGCCACGCACCCCAUACGCGUAAACACGACAACGAAGUAGCGUGCGCGAAAGCGAAACUCAAAACAAAACUCCAAAAAAAUUAAAAAACUUCGUCGUCAACGGUGAAAGUGAGAGGGACGUGCGUGCGGCGAUCGCGUAAAUACUCGGUGCGCAAAAAGUGCCGCCGUCAGUGAAACUAGUGAAAAGUUUUUUCGCCGCGUACGGGGGACCACCCCUCAGCGCCGGAAAAAAUCGGCCCCUCGCGUCCCUCGCCCGCCCGCCGCCGAACUUUUCAUUCACCGGGGAAAAAAGUGUGGCAAGGCCGCCGUGACGUCACCGCGUCAAGUGGCCACGCGCUCGUUCCCUAGCAACGUGUUGUCACGUCUCAUCAUCGUCCCUUCUUGACAAACUUAAGACAGUCUUCGAGUGCGGUCAACUUCUUGGCGUAGUGAGUGACUAUGUUGCCAGUGUGUGACGAUGGUGUUCGGUGGGUGUGAGCGUCGGUGACGGGUGUAGUAGUGUCAUGUAGCAGUGGCUGGAGGCCGUAGACUCUAUGUGUAGCACGCAGCGCGCGCGGGUGUCGAGGAUGCACCUAACGGGCGCCAGCAGCGGCGCGGUGUCGCCUGACACCAGCUCCACGCUGCUGCACGAGACCUACACCAAGAUGACAUCCGAUAUCCUCGCGGAACGAACACUUGGCGACUUCUUAUCGGAGCAUCCAGGGGAGCUGGUGCGGACGGGCAGCCCGCACUUCGUGUGUACUGUGUUACCUCCUCAUUGGCGAUCAAAUAAAACUCUACCCGUGGCGUUCAAAGUGGUCGCUCUAGGUGACGUGGGGGACGGCACGCUGGUGACGGUCAGAGCUGGUAACGACGAGAACUGCUGCGCUGAAUUGAGGAACAGUUCGGCAGUGAUGAAGAACCAGGUCGCCAAGUUCAACGAUUUGAGAUUCGUCGGCCGCAGCGGUCGCGGUAAAUCGUUCACACUAACGAUAACUGUAUCGACGACGCCGCCUCAAGUGACGACUUACAACAAAGCGAUCAAAGUGACGGUGGACGGGCCAAGGGAACCUCGAUCUAAAACCAUGCUCUCUCUCCUAGGACAGCAGCAGCAGUUCCACUUCGCAUUCGGACAGAGGCCGUUCCCGUUCCCUCCCGACCCUCUGGGAGGGUUCCGAAUGCCACCCAUCACUACAUGUCAGAAUAUGAGUCAAUUUGGUCUAAGUUCGAGUAACUCGCACUGGGGGUAUGGCGGCGCAGGCGCAUACCCAGCGUAUCUACCGUCCUGUGCAGCGCCAGCAGCGUCACAGUUCAACCCUCCAGCGCUGGGCUUCGCUGGUACUGUUCCUGAUCAGACGCCCACGCAAGAUUUUACUGCUAAUAAUACAGUUCUACCAGACACGACGGGCGUUGACCUAGACCAGCAACUAUCGGGGCUCGUCGGCUCCUCUCCGUCGCACCACGGCAGCCUCCUACCUCGCUACAACAACAACACCGACUACAGCCUCUCGACGGGGCCGCGAUCACUCAGCGACAACAGUUCACAGCCCGAGUCACCCGUGCAGGACGAUCUACUCACUUCAAACACAUCGACAAACAUCGGCCACAAUCACACAAACAGCUCAAACUUCCCCUCGUUAAUGGGAUCACAGAACACGUCCUACGGCGGCAGCAACUGUAACAACUCACUGUACCCCGUCCUCCCAGCCAGCUUGCUGUACAGCCAGCUGUACACCGCCGCCAACCAGACGCACAACUUCCACCCGCUGCACUCCAACUCGAUACACUCCACGCAAAAUCACCACAACGAGCUACAAACGAUGAUGGACCAGAUAUCGUCCACCACGAACAAUCACAGACAACACGGCAAUCAUGGACAAGACCUGCUACUGGGCGGAGGGAACUCCUGUGCGGCGGCGGCGGCUAGGGGUGAGGACGGACGGGUGAAUAAUCUCGGACAAAGAGGUAAUCCGCAGCCAGACAGUAACACGGUGUGGCGACCCUACUAAACAAAGUGAUGUUCCUUUUAUUGCACCCAUAUGAACAAUAUGUGUUUGUAGAUAUAUCGUCUGUGUCGAUACUCGGGUAAACCAGUAGUGUGUGUCCGUUUUGUAUUUUUCAUGUGACGAAAAAAGUGGUUUUACACUGAUUCGACGUCUCGAUUCUAGAUGAGAAUUGUUAUAGAUCGAAACAGAGAGGAUGCAACGAAAUAGAUUCUCGAUUGCGUUUUAAACUAAAUUAAUUUGUAAAAUACGAGAUACAGGUGAUUGGAUUAGUUGAAAUUUGUAUGUAACCUAGUUCCAAAGCUCGCUCCCGUCCUAAAUUUAUACGAUUCUGUUGAUUAAAAAAAUUAAAUAAGCAUUUUAGAACAUUUUGGUCGUAGUCUGGAUAUUAAGCAAGGAAAUGUUUGGUUACAAUGUAAAAUGUUGUUGUAAGUGUCGGUGAUAGAGAAUAUAUCAUACAUUUAGUUCCAUCUCAUUAGUUUUGAUACAUACACCAAAUAUUGGUUUCAAAUAUUGGCUAGCCAACACCUACAUUGAAGAAUUAAAGCGCUCAACAAUGCGCUCAGCUAUUGGCAGUUGUUGGCCGUCCAAUAUUUGAUCGUAAGCAAGAUGUAAAAAAGGUUUUAACUUUGUCUUUUAACGGCAAACUUGUAAAUAAGAACUGUGAAUACUAAUUUGUUGUAAAUGCAUCUUGUAAAGUGCAAUAGAUGUGCAAUUAUCAAGUUGAGUAGAUGUAUACUUAGUUCUAAGUGAUUAUCUGUUGAGUAUGUGAACUCUGUCCAAUUUGUAGAUAACAUUAGAUCAGUUCUUCCUCAGUUUUGUUAUUAAAAUUAUUGUAUAGUUUGCAUUUUGUAUAGUUGUAUUUGAGAAUUGAUGUGACCAUGAUAUUUGGCGGCUUAGAAACAUAUUCUCAAUUUAAAAUUGUAAUGUUUUCAACAACUAUGUUCACGUGUUUGUUUUAUUCGUUAAUUAUAUUUAAAAAAUAACUACAGACGUUUUCUGUUUUAAUUAUUACAUUUUUGUAUUUUUAAUAAUUUGUGCAAUACUAAAAUAUUGAAUGUACUGUAACAAUGUGGUUUAACUUUGCAUAGCAAUUCAUUUGUCGUUUCCGCUUCCAGUUAUUAUUAUUUCUGUUGACUACAAGUAGCAGAAUUCAUUUUACAAUAAAUAAAAUCUACAAAUCCA